UUUCAGUCAUCGUCUCGAUCAAUCUUCAACUCUCAAAUUGAAGUUUCCAUGGGAGGCCACGAAGGUUUCAGCAACCAACGCCUCUCCUCCGCCACAUGGUUCUCUCAUUUCCGUGCUUCAGCUCUCCGAUCUAAAUCACUGCCCCCUCCGUCCUCGCAGACUGCCGUUCGCUCCACCUCUGGCGACUCUCUGGUUCGUCGCCUCGGCCUUUUCGACCUCAUACUGUUGGGCGUCGGCGCUUCCAUCGGCGCCGGUGUCUUCGUCGUCACCGGAACCGUCGCUCGCGAUGCUGGACCUGGAGUCACAAUCAGCUUCUUGCUAGCUGGAGCAUCGUGUGUGUUGAACGCUCUCUGUUAUGCUGAACUUUCAUCUCGUUUCCCUGCUGUUGUUGGUGGAGCUUACAUGUACUCUUACUCAGCUUUCAAUGAGAUCACAGCUUUUCUUGUUUUCGUUCAACUCAUGCUUGACUAUCAUAUUGGCGCCGCUAGUAUCUCCCGUAGCUUGGCCAGCUAUGCUGUUGCUCUUCUUGAGCUUUUUCCAGCCCUCAAGGGCUCUAUUCCUCUCUGGAUGGGAAGCGGCAAAGAGCUCUUGGGAGGGCUUCUCUCUUUGAAUAUUUUGGCUCCCAUUUUACUUGCUCUCUUGACCCUUGUUCUAUGCCAAGGUGUGCGAGAAUCUUCCGCUGUCAACUCCGUUAUGACUGCUACUAAGGUCGUGAUCGUUCUCGUUGUGAUUUGUGCCGGUGCUUUUGAAAUUGAUGUAGCAAAUUGGUCUCCUUUUGCGCCUAAUGGUUUUAAAGCAGUUCUCACUGGAGCUACUGUUGUCUUCUUUUCAUAUGUUGGAUUUGAUGCAGUUGCUAAUUCUGCUGAAGAAUCGAAGAACCCUCAGCGCGAUUUGCCAAUCGGAAUUAUGGGGAGCCUUCUGGUUUGUAUCUCGCUGUAUAUUGGCGUAUGUUUGGUGCUCACCGGGAUGGUCCCUUUUAGCCUCCUCAGCGAAGAUGCUCCUUUAGCUGAAGCCUUUUCAUCAAAGGGUAUGAAGUUCGUCUCAAUCUUAAUCAGUAUUGGUGCUGUUGCUGGACUCACAACUACUCUGCUUGUUGGUCUUUAUGUUCAGUCCAGGUUAUAUCUGGGACUUGGAAGGGAUGGUCUAUUGCCUUCAAUCUUUUCCAGAAUACACCCAACUCUUCAUACACCUCUUCAUUCUCAAAUCUGGUGCGGCAUUGUAGCUGGCGUUUUAGCUGGCAUAUUUAAUGUACAUAGUCUUUCCCAUAUUCUGUCUGUUGGUACAUUGACUGGGUAUUCAGUUGUUGCGGCUUGUGUUGUGGCAUUGAGACUGAAUGAUAAAAAAGAUAGAGAGUCGUCCAAUAGAUGGACAUCAAGUUGGCAGGAAGGCGUCAUUUGCCUUGUUAUAAUUGCAUGCAGUGGUUUUGGUGCUGGCGUAUUUUACCGUUUCAGUGCUUCAGUUAUAUUUAUUCUCCUCUCAGUUGGUGUGGCAGUUGUUGCUUCAGCAGUUCUUCAUUAUCGCCAAGUAAGUAGCCUUAAGUAUAAGCCUUAAUUCCAUAGCACACUCUUCUUAAUUUCAUAGCGCCAAAAAAAAUAAAAUAAAAAAACCAAGUUUCACCCCUGUUAAAAUGCUAGAUACUAAGUCUUUUACUGAUACAGCAUAAAAUAGAGACCACCACUAGCAUGUUCUGGCACUUAGAACUCUACAGUGAUACUAUGAAAGUCUGUGACUAUUGAAGUCUUUGCAUUCUUGGUUUAGAGGAGAAGUUUGUUAACAUCAAUUAGGAAAUAUACCCUCAUGGUUGUCUCCACAAAUCAGGCAAAUGCCUUGCUAGCUAUGCUUCAUGUUAAACCCCUCAGCUUUUCGCUUCCAGGCUUAUGCUCUGCCUCUAGGUUCUGGGUUUAGCUGUCCUGGUGUACCCAUUGUGCCAUCCGUUUGCAUUUUCUUCAACAUCUUCUUAUUUGCUCAGUUGCAUUAUGAAGCAUGGAUAAGAUUUGUUGUUGUCAGUGUGCUUGCAACUGCCGUUUAUGCCUUGUAUGGGCAGUACCACGCAGAUCCGAGCAUGUUGGAUUAUCAGAGGGCACCUGAAACUGAAAGCGACGCUUAGUAAUGCUACAUUAUAGUUGUGUUACUUAAAGCCAUUUGUAGAGUUGAUAGCAAGUUUCUGCGUUUCGUGAGAGACAUACUGUAUGUCACAUACAUAUUCAGGUCGAGUUUAAGGAUUGGAUGGGAUAAGGCAGUUAAACAUUAUUGUUGUAAAGAAGUUAAUAAAAGUAUGCUUGUGCAUUUCAACUAAAGCCUUGAAUGACUGAAAAUGGCUUUUG